AUGAUCGAAAUCUCUGCAGGCUACGGCGUACUGUGUGCAACUGCCAAGCAGUGUGGACUUUUGGGCAGUAUUGCUGUUGACAAGGUUCGCAAGUCGGGUGCUUACAGUUCCAUUGUUCAACUGGACUUGAGAAACUUGGAGCACAAUAAUUUGGUCGCAGAGUGGAUGCAAUCUCCAUUGUUUUGCUGGCUGCAUGUGGCGCCUGUUUGCGGGACUGCAAGCAGAGCGCGUGAAAUCCAACGGCAUUGGUCUGACCCCAAGCCUCUCAGGUCGAAUGACUUUCCGCGUGGCCUGCCUGACCUGUCGGAGAAGGAUAUGACCCGAGUCGAUAUUGCCAAUGAUUUGUUCGCAUACAGUUGCAAGCUCUUUCAGGACGCAGCUGCUUGCAAUAUUUUCGUUACAAUGGAGAACCCUUCGAAUUCAUAUUUCUGGCUUACAGAUUGGUUCACUCGCCUUAGGCAGAGUGUGGCUUUGACCAUAACUGAUUUUCAAGCUUGCAUGUACGGUGGAAAGAGACCCAAUGGUCGAGACUUGUUGGGAACUUUGACGAACUCUCUCAGAUCAACGCCAGGUGUGACAAUUCGCAUCAACAUGAUCCUUGGCGAUUUGCCAAAGCUGAUGACGGCUCCCGUGUUUGGGCAACAAGUUUGGAGUCAAAGUAUCCAAAACAGUUGUGCGUUGCCAUAG